AAUGGACGUAGGUGCACUUACUGCAGCUUUGCCAUCCUGAUGCGGAUGCUUUCCAUCUCCGAGUCAUCACUGACUUCGUCAAUUUCUUGUUUACCAUCGACGACUGGAUGGAAUUUGAUGCCAUCGAUGCGCGGGGAGCGGGUGAAAGCUGCAUUUUUGCAUACCGCGAUCCCAUCAACUUCCACACGGAACAGCUUGGCGCAAAGAUGUGCAAAUCGUACUUCAGCCGCUUUAGGGAAACUGGUGACCCCGGCUGCACCGAGCGCUUUAUCAACACAAUGGACAUGUUCUUCAUUGCUGUGGCUACGCAAGUGGAAGUCCAUGCCGAGGGACGUACCCUUGAUCUCGGAUCUUACAUCGCCAUGAGGCGAGACACGAGCGCCUGCAAGCCUUGCUUUGCCCUCAUCGAAUACGGAGUUCAGAUUGAUCUCCCCGAUGAAGUAAUGUCGCAUCCAAUUAUCAUGGCUAUGGAGGAGGCCACCAACGAUUAUGUUUCUUGGAUCAACGAUAUAUUCUCGUACAACAAGGAGCAAUCUCGUCAUGACACACAUAAUAUAAUUGCCGUGCUCAUGCAUGGACAAGGCCUGGACCUGCAAGGUGCUGUCGACUACACCGGCCGGCUGUGCGCGGAUGCCGUCAAGCGCUUUGAAGCCAACCGUGCCAUUCUCCCCUCGUGGGGAGAAGAGAUUGACGGGCAGGUGGCUAUCUACAUUGAUGGGCUGCAGGACUGGAUGGUCGGUGCGCUGCACUGGCACUUCGGUUCCUUGCGCUAUUCCGGGAAAGAUGCGCAUGCGGUCAAGCAGGACCGAAUCAUCAAGCUGCUUCCCAAAUGUUCCUUGUAGAGCCCAUACCUAGGGCAUCGAUUUCUAUAGAACACUACAUCACCUAUGUCUAUUGAGCUGAAAAAUUGACUCUGGAUCC